AUGCGCAUCCGCGCCGCCCUCGCACGCGCCAGUCGGCGCGUGCGAGGGCGCCACCGCUCUCUCAAGAGGCGGAAUGAUGAGAAGAACGUCCACAACCAUGGUGGCAUCCAACACGAGCAGCACGAGUGCACCCGCUGGUCUCUGGAGGACAGGGACAGCAGGCGCCGCUGCCACCGAAGCUCUGGGCGGGACGAGCAGCGUGAGCAGCAACGGCCACGUCUCUGUUCCACAGGAAGCAACGAAAGUGGCGGGGGUGGUAGGCGCAGUCGCAGACGCGAGCGCAGAUGUUCCCGGAGCGUCCGCGCCGCAGAUUCCAGCAAAACAUACGCGAGCGGAGGGCUCGACGGCAGGUCUUGUUCGGAUCGCCUGACCGAAAAGAAGACUUCUGUCGUUAGACAGAUUCAGGAUAUUCGCCAUCACUAUGCCCUCGGCCGAAAGCUGGGCUCUGGAUAUACAGCCAGUGUGUAUGAGGCCAAGUGCCUCGCGACCCAACAAGGUGUCGCAAUCAAGGAUGUCGACAAAAGCCGACAGAGGCUGAUUGCAUGCGAUUCCUACUAUCGCGCCGUCUACGAGAAGCUUGCCAAGUUGCCGCCUCAUCGUCACCUUCUUCUGCCUCCCAUCGCACUCCUGGAAACAGAGACACAUUUCUAUAUCGUCAUGGAGAGAUGCCAAGGCAGCGACAUGGUGGAGUAUGUGCUGAAACAUCCUCCCGCUGGGAUCGGGUCCACGGCCUGCAAACGUCUCCUGCAUCAGCUUCUGCUGGCGGUGCACGCUCUCCACAGUCACAACGUUCUGCAUCGAGACAUCAAACUCGACAACAUCAUGUUUCGCUAUCCCCACACGGAGUCGCAGUCCAAGAGCCGCAGCGGCAGCUCCAGCUUCAACAACGAGUUAGCACUGAUCGACUUCGACAUGUGUCUCCUUCUCGACCGGCCCGGCCCACCAAAACCACUCACGAACGCCAACGAGAUCUCUGUCGUCGGCACGCGAGAAUACAUGGCGCCGGAGUGCUACAAGGGCCACUACAGCACGGCGUCGGAUAUGUGGAGCAUUGGCGUGAUUCUCUACGUUUUGAUCGACGGGCAUUUCCCGUUCGACGUCAACAACUGCAAGCAACAAACCGGCAGUGCCGCUAAGCAGGGCGCCGGAAACGGCCCAGAGAAGUCAGGAAACAGCAGUCGAGACAUUCGGCGGCGGCUGCGCCAAGGCGUGCGUUUCGAGCAGAGGAUCAAGGAGAGACAUCCGCUGGCGGUGGAUCUCGUGCAACGCCUGUUGACCUACGACCCGACGCAGCGUCUCAGCAGUGCGUACGACGCUCUCUGCCAUCCCUGGUUGACGGGCGUGGCGCCGCCGAUGCCCCGCGCGGCGGCGCCAGCCCCGGCGCUUCCCAACGCUCUGCCCAGCUGGCAGUUUGUUCCUUCUUCGGAUCAGGUUCUCCCGUGCUACAGCCUUCCCCAGCAGCUCGGCCGCGCCGAGGCCUCGCAGCCGGCCUGGGGCGCCGCGAGCGGACCCGUUCCUGCAGCCGCUGCCUUGGGGUUGCCCGAGCGCAGCUCUCAAGAAGGUCUGUUUCCUCCGCGAAUGGCGAGGAACGAAGACCGGAGCGCGAACGGGGGAGACAGGGCGUGUUCGUCUCGGGCCGCGAACGCGACGGGACUCGCGCAAAGUGUGCCGCAGGUCGCCGCGAAAGUGACGCUGCCGUCGCCGGGAGAGGAGUAUGCGCCAGUGAAGUCGGCGGGCGUCUCAAGGGAGGCCGGGCGCAGCUCGGGGCAAUACCGGGCGACGACGGCUCAACAGAAACACCUGGCUGCCGCCGCCAUGCUUCUGCGCAGUCAGCCGCACAUCUCUGCUUCCUUGGCCGCUUCUCUCGGUCUCCGAGACGCUGCCGAUCAUUCAGCUCCGUCGUUCGUCGCCGCGGGCACCGCAAACGAGAUGCUUGCAGAAUACACGGGUCUGUUGCCUGGCGCUGGACGACAGGACGGUUCCUCCUCAGAGUGGCUUGUCUCGGCGCUCGCCUCGACUCAGCGCGUUCCGCACGGAGAAAACUUGCCGUUCCUUUCCCUGCCUGUGGCCGCGAAUGACGCGAGAUGCCGGGAACCGUCGGACGCAGCGGCUGCCUCUGCACUGAGUUUCUUCACGUCGAAACCGGCGGAAAUGUCGCGACAGACCGAACGCGACGUUUCCGCUGGCGUCGCCCACCUGCAGAUGGCAGCUGCCGAAGGGACUCAGAUUUUCGGUGCAAAACAAGAUCUGCGCCUGCUCCUUCCGGGUCUCGAGGACGUUUCCAGCGUCUUCCUCGAGGCUGCGGCUGCUUCUAAAGGCCUCGAGGCGUCUCGCGAGCCAUCUGGGCCGGCAGACUUCCUUGCGCCCGCCGAAGGUUUGACGUCCGCCGCGUAUUUCGCCUCGCACUCCGGACGCAGUGCUCCCGUCGUGCCUCGAAUGCUUCCCAGAGGCCAGACGCCUUCGGGGGACUCCACGAGUGCGAGCGCCACCAGCAUCGCUUCGGCUUCUCCGCAGUUCUUCAGUUCCUCGCAGGCGGCGCUGGGGCUGCUGCAGGGCGGCGAAGCGGCGCCGGAGUUGGCAAGCAGUCGAGGCGCGUGGCGCACGGCCGUGGCCCAUCCGAGCUGCAGCGCGGACCCCGGUGUAUGUACACCCGAGGGAGUUGAUCUGCGGCAGGCAGGCCUGAGCGCGCUCAAGUCUUUCAUGACCACGGCGCAGUGGCAGGGCCACGCGUCCGUCGGCCGACUCAUGAAAGUUAAUGCGCCACCGCGUGAGCCGCAGGCCGCCAAGCAAACCAUCAUGCGUGGAAUUCCGUCGCUGAACUACAUGCAGCCACCCGCUGUAGCCUGCCAUCUCCCGCCUCAAGCAGUGGAGAAGGUCGGCGGCGCCCGGUUGAUGUCUGCUGCUCAGCAGCCGCCGGAAGCCGUCGGGGGAAUCUAA